AUGAGGGGAGGGGUACUCUUAAACAAUUAUCUCCUCCAUUUCGUUUUAUGGCACCCAUUAGACACUUUGAAUACCAAAACUUCAACUGAUUAUGAUAAUUUAACUAUCGUGAUAAAUCCAAAGCCACCGAAGCGAAGUGAUGCUGCAGUUAUUCCUUUUCGACGUUAUGUUAAAUGUCUCAACAGUGUUCGUCAACCACAGUUUUUUACCAAUGGUCUCAAUGCUUGGCUUGAACAAGGAAAACAGGAAAUUUAUUUUACACAACAAAACGCUCGAUGUAUUGGUUCAAUGAUCGAUGAUUGUUCUAUAUCUGAUGCAAUUCGGUUGGAUAUUGAAGCUGAAUCAACAAAAUUACCUAUGAUGUGUAAAUUAUGGAUCAUAGGUAUGAAAAAAGUUUCUCUAACAGGAUAUCAUAAAUGCUUGUCUAUCUAUCUCUCCCUAGUUGACGGCGCUGUUACUGAGCGCGGUAAACCUCAUAUGGUUCAAGAUGCAGCU